AUGUUCAAAGGAAGCUAAAUCAUUAAGAGCAGCUCAAGAAUGUUCUGGCUUUAAAAGCAACUCUAAUCUUCUUAAUAUAUGACUCUCACCCAGAGAAGCUUUGCUUCUGGAGGCCAUGGUCACCACCAUGAUGAUCAUCACGACGAUCAUGGAGAUCAUCACGAUGAUCAUGGACAUGGACAUCACGAGCAUGUUGAAAAGCCUGCCUUAGAUCAUAAAUUUUUAGAUGAUUCUAACUCAAACAAGAAAUUCAUAGUAUUUAAUGGUUUACAACCAACUGAGCCAGGAGUUAUUGUCCUUGAAAACCCAUUCAGACAUCACAAUGACUUGAAGUUAUCUAAUGGCUAUCCAGGUGGUCACUCAUGGGAGGAAGAAGGUAAUAUUCAUGAUGAGCCAUAUGGUUAUGAACUUGGAGAUGAUGAGCAAGGUUAAUUAGUUUACCCAUACCUUCUUUUAUUCGUUGGGUUUACAUGCUUCGCUCAUUUAUUACAUGCUCAUUUCUACUUUGACAACAGAAAGACAGGAGAGGUUCUCUAUCAUCAAAGACUUACAGCAAAUCAAAUUGAGGAUGAGAUUAGAAGAAUCAGAGAGGAGGAUGCUGAAUUAAGAGGCCACAAAAGAGCUUGA